CCAUCUGAAAAUUAUUCGAUGCAAGCUGAUGCAAGUAACCAACUUUGAAUUUCGAACGACAGACGUCAGUCGGUAUCGACUGACGCAGACGAUGAUGUGCGAUAGUGAGAGUGAGAGUAGACAGUGAACAAGCUAUAGUAGCCAAGUAAUAAAAUUUGAAAGUGUACGAAAGUACAAAGAAUAACAGGUAGUCGCACUCGUGAAAGGUCAUGGAUGGACCGAGUCGAAAACGCUUUGUUCACGCAUAUUCUCAUUGCGUAGCGUCUAAGUAGAUUCUAAUUUUGGUUAGUUUUCACGUGCACGCGUUACUAGUUUUGUUGUAAACAAUGGCAGCACAACGAGCACUACCGCAAAGCAAAGAAGCUUUAUUAAAAUCCUACACCACAAGAUUAAAAGAAGAUGUGAAGUCGAUGUUGGAGAAUUUCGAAGAGAUCAUAAAACUAGCGAAGGGAGAAAACGACUCGCAAUUAUCUCGGAUGACACAAUGCGAGCAGGAUACAUACGAGAUGCACGUUAGAGCAGCGAAUAUAGUUCGCGCGGGAGAAUCCCUGAUGAAGCUGGUCUCAGAUAUAAAACAGUACCUGAUACUCAACGAUUUUCCGUCCGUGAACGACGCGAUAGCACAGAACAGCAAGUUGUUUAGGACGAAACAAGCCGAAUGCGAUCAGAAAUUGGCAUCCUUGCGGGAUGACAUGGCUGCCGAUCUCUAUGACUUGGAAGAGGAAUACUUUACAUCGAUAUACAAAUAGACUCGGAUUAUGCACCAUUUUGCACUUGUCUGGACCAUCGAUUACAAUCGGUCUUGAUUCCGAUUUAUUUCUUUGAUAAACUGUACAUAUUACUUUAAGUAUUCAAAUAAAUACGAAUAGUUUUGAUAGUA